UUAGUUAGUUAGUUAGUUGGUUACUAAGUAUGCAUUUUACAAAUCAUAGUUCACAAAUUUCACAUUUUAAAUGGUAUUUAUUUGACCAAGGUAGAACCUUAUCACCAAUCUUAUUCCAAUCUAAAAUCUAGCGUGAAAUGUAGGCUUCAUAAAAUCAUCAGGAAUGAGACUCCUGCUGUUGAAGGGCUGGUGCGUACGCUGAUCACAAGAAACAAACAGGAACACACAAGAACGAAACACUUGUAGGCUGGGCAUUAGCCUUCACUAGCAACUGUUAUAAACCAUUUACAACAACUUAGAAACACACACACUGACACACUGAUACACACACACACACACACACACACACACUGAUACACACACACACUGACACACUGAUACACACACACACACACACACACACACACACACACACACAGAUUUAACCCCAUCCCUGCCAACCGUACAUUCCCACACGCCCACUAUUUACAGCAUCAGGGCUUCUGCCCUGUCACAUGGUACCUAUCAACAUUUACUAUAAAACCAUGGCAAACCAUGAUAAACUGCAGCAUGGGAAAUGGAUAGCACAGCCUCGGAAAGCAUCUGCCACAUGACCUUGCUAACCUCGUAUCCUAGCUGUGCCUAGGGGUCGUCCUGGGCGUGUUUGGAACCAGUCGUCACUUCUUGGGAGUUGCUGGAGCUCAAGCUCCUCACAAGAAAGCGACGCCGAGGCAAUGAAGGAAGAGCCUUCCUCUUUCUGUUCAGGGCUUCACACGCUGUCAGGAAGCAGGUCAGACACAGAGAGACAGACACAGAGUCACCACAGCACAGCACAGAGACAGAGACAUCACAGCGCGCUGGACAAGGGAGCAGGAAUCGAGCAGCUCCCCUUGACCCAGGAGCACCACUGAUGAUAAAGAGCCCCAGAGACACUUUCACGCUUGCUGGAUUCUGUUCUGGACGCAUCACAGCCAUGACAGCUGCCAGCCACCUCCACGCACUCCAGGCCUUGCUAUUCUCAGUGCUGCUGGCCCCACCGGCUGCCAGCUACAGCUACAGGAACUGCAUUGAGAACCCCCACGACGCAACCAGCUUCAACUGCAUCCAGCGCUUCCAGCACAGCGUAGACAACCUGGUGGCUGACCUUCCCAGGGGCACCGUGAGCCUCAACGUCUCGCACAACCAGAUAUCCGCCCUGAAUCCGGGUGCGUUCAGCCACCUCCCCCGGCUGGCCAGCCUGAGGCUUGACUACAACGGACUGGAGGUCAUCCAAGACGGAGCGUUUGAAGGGCUCGGUCUUUUGAGAUCUCUGAACCUCUCCUUCAACGCCAUCCGCCAUCUCUGUAACGGGACUUUUGACGGCCUGCACAACCUCACCGAACUGUGGCUCACAAACAACAGGCUGGCCACCGUUCCACCCGGAGCUUUCUCCUCCUUGGCAGGCCUCGAACGGCUGUAUUUAGAUUCCAACUGGCUCGAAGGCUUCUCUGAAAUCGUGGAGGAGAUUUCCGGUUUGGGCCGCCUGCGGGUCUUGGACCUCUGCACCAAUCGGCUGAAGUCUGUGAGCUAUUCUUCACACCUCCCUUGGACCCUUGCAGACCUCCGCCUCUGCAACAACUCAAUCGUGACUCUGGAUCGGAAACCGGGGCUCUUCGGCCGUAUCCGAGAGCUGGAUUUAUCGGGCAACAGCAAUUUAGACGAGAACUCUUUCCGUGUCAUUGACAUGAGAAACAUCACUUACUUCCGGAUGAGAUUCACCAAGAUAUCUGUGUUACGGUUUCUGAAUCUCAGUAAUAUCAACAGGAGCUGCGUGGACUAUUCUGGGAUCAGUUUCAACAGAACCGGGAACCUGGGUGACCUGUGCAGGAAUCUGAGGUACCAUCCCAUUAGGAAACUCACUCUACAGAGGAACAAGAUCACCAGCAUUCUCAACAACGAGUUUGCGGAAUGCCCUCAGUUCAAAACUCUGGAUCUCUCUUACAACUCCCUGAAGAAAAUCGGAUGCCUUAAAUUCCUGGAGAAUAAAACGUCUUUAGAGGCUGUCAAGAUCGAGCACAACUUGCUCGACAGCUUGAAUUCCUGCUCCGGGGCUCCGGCAUUUCCGAAUUUGGUCAACGUAACCUAUCGAUACAACAGGAUCCUCACGGUGCGUGACCACGCGUUCGGCUACGCCCCGGGACUGCGAUGGUUACAGCUCAACAUCAACAACAUUGCAUACCUCGGCAAACACGCUCUCACAAACCUGACCCAACUCCUUGAGCUGCGGCUGGACAACAACCUCAUAACGGAUCUCUUUUACAGCAGCUUCCAAGACCUCGAAAGCCUUCAGACCCUGAACCUGAGGAACAACAGGAUCUCGGUCAUAUUUAACCAGACAUUUCACAAUCUGGCCAAGCUGAGGAUCCUCGACCUGGGUGGGAAUAAGAUCACUCACUUUACCCCGAUGGCUUUCGCUGGUCUGAGGAAUUUAACCAACCUGUACCUUGACAGGAACAACAUUAAGAGUGUUUUCGGGGAAGUGUUCCGCCUCGUCAGACAGACCCUGAAGAUCCUGGAUCUACAAGGCAACAUGAUCCGCUUCAUCAAAAACAGCACCAGGGUGUCUCCCUUUGUAAAACUCACCAUGCUUCAGGAUCUCAAACUGCAGGGGCAAAGACCCUACGGCAUCACCAUUGUGCCCCACACUUUCUUCAGGGGACUAGGCUCUCUGAGGUCCCUUUACCUGUCUGGGAACGGAAUCACAGUGCUCCCAGAGGAUACGUUCGACGACCUGGUCAACCUGGAGUUUUUAUCCCUGGAUAACUCCGGCAUGGGGAUCAACAACCUGCGCCCUGGGAUCUUCAAGAGCCUGGGGAAACUCCGGAACCUCAACCUGGAAAACAUGGGCGUCCAAUCCCUCUCCCGGGAAGUUUUCAGGAACUUGACGGGACUCCAGACACUGGUGCUGAACAGAAACGCUCUCCCGUCUCUCGACGAGGAGGUCAUCCUCAGCCUGACCUCCCUCAGGUACCUGGACCUCCGCGGCUGCCCUCUCACCUGCACCUGCCACAACACCUGGCUCCAGAACUGGUCCAGCACCAACCAAAAAGUCCAAGUGGUUUAUUUCCAAAACCUGUCGUGCCCGGACCGGCCGGGCUACUUGUACAACUUUGACACCAAGGUCUGCUACCUGGAUUUCGGCAUGUACCUCUUUGCUUCCACCUGCCCUGCUGUGAUCCUGCUCACAAUCCUGCCCAUGCUGUACGUCAAGCUGUACUGGAGGUUCCGAUACAGCUACUACAUCUUCCGCUCCUGGUUCAAUGACCGCUGGCGGCGUGCGGACGACGAAGACCAGCGGUACAAAUACGACGCCUUCAUCUCUUACAACUCCGCGGACGAAGGCUGGGUCCUGCAGGAGCUCCUGCCCAACCUGGAGCUGAGGGGCCCGCCGUCUUUCAAGCUGUGCCUCCACCACCGUGACUUCGAGCUGGGCAGGAACAUCGUGGACAACAUCGUGGACAGCAUCUACUGCAGCCGGAAGACCCUCUGCGUGGUCAGCAGGCAGUUCCUCCUCAGCGAGUGGUGCUCUCUGGAGAUUCAGCUGGCCAGCUACAGGCUGUUCCACGAGCUCCGGGACGUCUUGAUCCUGGUUUUCCUGGAAAGGAUCCCAGAGCGGGAGCUGUCCGCCUACCACAAGAUGAGGAAGGUGAUGCUGAAGAAGACUUACAUCGAGUGGCCCAGGGACCCCGAGGGUCAGGGUCUGUUCUGGACCAAGCUGAAGGAAGCUCUCAGGAGCAGUAACCUCAGCGACAGCAACACUGUGUGACCCAGUGGUUAAAGUAAAGGGCUUGUAACCAGGAGGUCCCCGGUUCAAAUCCCACCUCAGCCACUGACUCAUUGUGUGACCCUGAGCAAGUCACUUAACCUCCUUGUGCUCCGUCUUUUGGGUGAGACGUAGUUGUAAGUGACUCUGCAGCUGAUGCAUAGUUCACACACCCUAGUUAUCUAGUUGACUUGUGCAUAAGAAAUCAAACCACUGGAAUUGAAAAUCGUAGACAUUUGACAAAAUGGGCAGAUUGGUGAUUGUCUAAUUUAAUUGGUAACUUUAAUAGGGCAAUUCAUUUCAAAUAGUAAGACCACAUCUUGUUUGUUUAAAGCCUUCCAUGUGAUCACAAGAGACAUGUUGUGCAGAUCAAUGAGGCGCAGCCUGUACUGUGCUACAGGGAGAUCCAUUGGGCAGCCCAGCAGUAAAUUAAUAUGUACAU